UUUUUUUUUUUUUUGAGUUUUUCGAGACAGGGUUUCUCUGUAUAGCCCUGGCUGUCCUGGAACUCACUUUGUAGACCAGGCUGGCCUUGAACUCAGAAAUCCACCUGCCUCUGCCUCCCGAGUGCUGGGAUUAAAAGCGUGCACCGUGAGUGUGUGUGUGUGUGUGUGUGUGUGUGCGCACUCUCGCGUGCCUGUGCACGUGCGAGUACACACACGAGUACAUGUGCAUUUACCUGUGCCAGCAGUACACCCAGCAGUGUGUAUGGAAGUCAGAGGAUGCCAUGUAGGAGUUGGUUCUUUCCUUCUGUUACAUGGGUCCUGAGAAAUGUACCCAAGUCAUCAGGCUUAGUGGCAGCACCUUUACCUGCCAAACCAUUUUGUCAGCCCUGUAUCUAGAUUUUUUUUUUUAACAACACCUUGUAUUAAAUGACAGGUAUUUCAUCGUUCACCAGUAGAGGAUUGGUUAAAUUCAUUGUAUUUUUUCUUUCCAGUGGUAAAGAUCAAAACCAAGGCUUUAGAUGUGCUAGGCAGACACUCAACCAGCUAGCUACAUACCAAAUCAAUUGAUGGCAUUUUAAUUUAACAGAAAACAAUAUUCAAUUAAGUGAUACCAUCUAGCCAGAUUUAUCAUGGGAAAAUUAUACCAUUUGAGUGAGGGAGUAAAUUAGUUGAAAAUGGUAAAUGUAGCCUGCUUGCCUUUUCUCCCUCCUUCCCUCCCUUUCAGGGAGUGAAGGCAAUUUUGAGAUUUCUUACUGUGCAACCUUAAACUGUCCUCUACCUUCUAAGUGUUGGGAUGCCAGGCAUGUGUUACCAUGCUUAGCUAAUUAAUGUAGCUUCCUAGCUAGCAUCUGUAUUUACAGGUAAACAUCAUGAUGAUGUUAUAGAUACCAGUGUAUCAGUAUGCAAACUUUGUAAGUUCAGUGGGAUAUUAAUGCAGCUGUCUUUGGGCAGUGAAAAUUGUGGCAGUUUUAACUAUCCUUAUACUUUGGUGAUUUCUUGUUACAUAAUGAGAACUUUUUUGUAAUCUAAAAUCAACAAAGAUAUUCUUUGAAACCUUCCUAUUUUAAAAUGAUUUGCAUUUAUUAGUUCAGUUUGAACACUGUUCAAGCAGAGUUUUAAAAUUAUGAAAAGACCAGGCUCUAGGGAAUUUAGUGAAUAGUAAUGUAUUCACCACUGUGUUCCUGAGCCUGGCGUUAACUAUAAAGAUAAAUACAUUUUUUCCAAGUAGACAAGUGUUGUACAACCUCCUCACAUUUAGGAGUCUGUAGUUUGAAGCUACUGCCUUUGCUCUGGGAGAUGACCGAGCUCCCAGCCCUUUCCCAGCUUCCCUGAAUCCACAGAUAGAAGACACACACAGUUUGUUCCUUUAUAACUUGCCUUCUUGGUACAAUUGCUGGGUGCUGAUAUCUCCUGCCUGAAAAAGUGUGUCCUUACCAAUUUAUGAUCUCCUUCUUUCCACCUGCCCCAGAUUUGAGUGGCUAGUCCCACCUGGUCCCUACCAAACAUCCAUGGCCACCCAUCUGUAGUGGUGCCACAGGCCACUGCUCUCCUGGACCCCUCACAGGGUUGCUGCACUCUUCUUCCUCCAAAGCAUGGCAGAAAAACUCCUUCCUUUCAUCUGCCCUCUUCUCCUGAGACCUAGAAAUCCCACCUAUACCUUCCACCCAGUAAUUGGCUCCCAGCUUUCUUUACUGACAAAUCAAGAACCAAUGGGGGAACAGGACCUUAGCAUUAGCACUGCCCUCUUCAGAAGUUUUCCCAUAAUUAACUUUUCACAUGGUUUUUAUUCUUUGGGAAUUCCAUGCAGUGUAUCUUAAUCAUACAUAUUCACCUUCACCCCCUGCCGUGUUCUUUGUAUGUUUGGGUGGUGGUGGUGGUGAUGGUGGUGGUGGUGGUGGUGAUGGUGGUGGUGGUGGUGGUGGUGGUGGUGGUGGUGGUGGUGGUGGUGGUGGUGGUUUUAAGAGAAGACUACCCGAUAGCAAAUUUCUUCAUCCUCUGGCCUAUUAAAUCUUUCUUCCCCAAUUUGUUCCCUAAGCCUUAAGUGUAGGAGUUGUGCUGUAAAUGUAGUAAGUGGGUCGGCACAGUCAAGUUUUCUGCUUUGUGACCAGCUGUGGCUUUCUGUAAUGAUCUCUGUCUUCUCCCAGUAGAAAUUCUUUGGUGAGGAGUGAGAGCUACACAUACCUGUGGGUAUAUGGAAAAGUUCUUAGAACACAGUUAACUGUUCUAGAGACUCAUUAUAACAGGUUCUCCUGUGUUUCAUGACCUAACCAACCACUGGUAGCUAAAUUUACAUGCCAGGCAUGAAUUUCCUCCUGUGGAGCAGGCCUUCAGUCUAGCUAGAUUCUGGUUACCCCCAGGAUAUAAGUGCCUCUAUUGCACCUUUUGGAGUCUUCCACAUUGGGCAUCCUGGUUUGCUGAUACUGCAGGAUAGUGCCAUUGAUUGCUUUUCUCCCUUGUACGUUAUGUGGCUCCUUCAAUACUGUGUGAGCUAGUCCUCAGUGUGAUCCAGAUGGAGUGGCCAAAGUGUAUAGUGUCUUCAGCAAAAGGGCAUUUUCCAGAAAGUACCAAGGGCAGCAGCUAGAUCUACAUUGUUUCGAGGUUUCUUGGACUCCCUUCAGCAACAACUCUAAAGGUUUCCUAUACCUGGCACUGGGGUAUCUGCUAGUUUAUGGAGUUUGGGGGAGCAUUGUCAGCCUUACUUGGAGUAUCUUUAAUUAAACAACAAAAUUCAUAGGAGUAUAUGUGCGUAUGCUUGAGUGAAUGUGGGGGUGGGUAGUUUUAAGCAAGCAUAAAAUAAUUCCCUGUGGCCUUUUCAGUCAUCUUGUGUUGCUUAUCUUUCUCCUUUCCUCUCUCGCAGUCUUGCCAUUUCUCUUCCUUCCACAGAGACGUGGAGCUAUUUCCUAUGACAGUUCUGAUCAGACUGCGUUAUAUAUUCGUAUGCUAGGAGAUGUCCGCGUGAGGAGCCGAGCAGGAUUUGAAACAGAAAGAAGAGGUUCCCAUCCGUACAUUGACUUCCGUAUUUUUCACUCUCAAUCUGACAUUGAAGCAUCAGUCUCCGCCAGGAACAUCAGAAGGUUACUAAGUUUCCAGCGAUAUCUCAGAUCCUCACGAGUUUUUCGGGGUGCCACAGUUUGUAGUUCUCUAGACAUUUUAGAUGAGGAUUACAAUGGACAAGCCAAGUGUAUGCUGGAAAAAGUUGGAAAUUGGAAUUUUGAUAUCUUUCUGUUUGAUAGACUAACAAAUGGAAAUAGUCUAGUAAGCCUAACCUUUCAUUUAUUUAGUCUUCAUGGAUUGAUUGAGUACUUCCAUUUAGAUAUGGUGAAACUCCGUCGGUUUUUAGUUAUGAUUCAAGAAGAUUACCACAGUCAAAAUCCUUACCACAAUGCAGUCCAUGCUGCAGACGUUACUCAGGCCAUGCACUGUUACUUAAAGGAACCUAAGCUUGCCAGUUCUGUCACUCCUUGGGAUAUCUUGCUGAGUUUAAUUGCAGCCGCCACUCACGAUCUGGAUCACCCAGGUGUUAAUCAGCCGUUUCUUAUUAAAACCAACCAUUAUCUAGCAACUUUAUACAAGAAUUCCUCAGUCCUGGAGAAUCACCACUGGAGAUCUGCAGUGGGCUUGUUAAGAGAAUCUGGUUUGUUCUCACACUUGCCAUUGGAAAGCAGGCAAGAGAUGGAGGCUCAGAUAGGUGCUUUGAUAUUAGCCACGGAUAUCAGUCGCCAGAACGAGUACCUGUCAUUGUUUAGAUCUCACUUGGAUAAAGGUGACUUACACCUUGACGAUGGCAGACAUAGGCAUUUGGUUCUACAGAUGGCCUUGAAAUGUGCUGAUAUUUGUAACCCAUGUCGGAACUGGGAAUUAAGCAAGCAGUGGAGUGAAAAAGUAACGGAGGAAUUCUUCCACCAAGGAGAUAUAGAAAAAAAGUACCAUUUGGGUGUGAGUCCACUUUGUGAUCGUCAGACUGAGUCUAUUGCCAACAUCCAGAUUGGUUUUAUGACUUACCUAGUGGAGCCUUUAUUUACAGAGUGGGCCAGGUUUUCAGACACACGGCUGUCACAGACGAUGCUUGGACAUGUGGGGCUGAAUAAAGCCAGCUGGAAGGGACUGCAGAGACAACAGCCCAGCAGCGAGGAUGCCAAUGCUGCAUUUGAGUUGAACUCACAGUUACUAACUCAGGAAAAUCGGUUAUCAUAACCCUGAACCAGUGGGACAACUCCCUCCUGCAACAUUGUGGAAAUGUGAAAUGGUCUUGAGUGGAAGAACUGGUUCUGACUGCUGAGGUUUCCAAGGGGAUGAUGCCAGCAUUAUCUAUCAAGAUGUCUUCUGUUAGAUCAUACGAGCGCACGUUUUAAUGGUAAGACAUGAAUAUACAGCAAUAUGCAUCUUGCUUUUGUAUGAAACCUUAAGUCUGUAAAGCUCAGCAGGAGAACCACAAAGGGUUCUUAACGAAGGAAGAUGAUGUUUUAGGUGUGCCAUGUGCUUUCAGAGUGUGUGUCCUUCAAGCCCUGAAACUUGAACUCAACCUCAGCAGCAAUCUUGAUGCAACCAGUCCAGUCCAACAGCGCAUCCGUCCCUUCCACUACAUUCUCUCUGAGAAAACAGAAAUGUGAAGUGCCCAGCCUCUGCUGCCUCUGGCAAGAAUCAAUCAAAUGUUUACAAAUCAAAUCUGAACUAUUGGUUCUAAAUUGCCUCGGAGCAUCGUUGUGAAGGAACCACUGACCGUUCUCAGCUGAGCUGGAGACUGCAGCUCUUCGCAGCAUUUGCCUUUUCUUCUUCGGAUGUCAAUGUCAUCAUCGCCUCCCACCUGCUGCUCUGCUCUGUGCCUGGAGACUGAGCAUUUAUUUACCACAGACGCCACACGAAGCUUUUCACUCCAGCGUGGUUGGCAAUGCAGAUUCCUUUUUUAACUGUUAGUUUUUAACAUGGGGUGGGAGGGAAGGAACACCACUGUCCUAGCUGUGUUCUGACUCUGCAGUGAAGACACUGCAUGUUGUUUUCACUACUGUACACUUGACCUACACAUGCAAGCAAAAGGUGGAAUGUUUAACAUACCAUAAUCAGCUCAGGGGAUUUGCCAAUCUGAAAUAAAGUGGGCUAGGGAAGUGUGUCCUUCAAAUCAAGGGUACUAAAGUCCCUUUCGCUGCAGUGUGUGAGAGGUAUGUUGUGUAUGGCUGUAUGGAUGUGUGUUUGCGUGCAUGUUUGUGCAUGUAUGGCUGUGCAUGUUCUGUCCAUCCAUGUGGGAAAGGAUUAGAAGUGUAAGUUCUUAUUUAUUGUUCUAGAAUGUGACAUAGUGAGCAGCCACACUUGGGGGAGGGGAAGGUAGGUGAAGCUGUAAGAUUGCUCCAGAUGCCUUAAACUAUGCACAAAGCUAAGUGACCAAACUUCUCAUUUUGAUUUGAAAAGUGCAUUGUUUUCUUGUCCCCCCUCCCCCACUUUGAUGAAACAUUACCCUUUGGCGGACCUUUUGAUGUGAGUAGAUGUUUUCUAGGAUAAAAUUUAAGGACUAAUUUUAGACUUAAAACAUUCCACUUUUGUAAGUUGUUUUCAGUGGUCUUAUGUAGAGCAAGCACAACUGUAACCUAGUUUAAGAGAAACGGUGCUUUCUUUUAGUUACCUUCUAUUUCCCUUGUUACUGUUUAAGACUGUUCAUUAUGUUUACAGUUUGUUGCAACAGCCAUCUUGGGAGAGAACUUGAGUGUAAAGCCAUGUGUGAAGGCUUGGGCACACUCGUUUAAACACGUGCCUGUUGCUUCACCUUCUGAUUGACAAAUAAAACCGGUCUUUGCUCAUUGGUUAAUCUUUGCACUCUACCUUACCACUCAGUCCUUUGGAAGUGACAUGCUGGAUUCUUAGGUGAUCAGUUAGCUGCUGCCUCUCCCGUUCAGUCCUGGGUAUUUUGAAGUCUAAGUUGUAUGCAGACUUUGUCUUCCUGGAGUGUAUGAGCCUCACUCUGCACCGUACAAGUGUGGCAAGGUCUGGUUCCGUUUGGUCAUUCUUGUAUAGCAUUUGUUGGAAAUUGCCUAAGAAAUCACACCCUUGAAAGGGAUAAAAAUAGCAGUUGUGUUUGUAUUCCUGGCCUUUUACAGCAGUAAGUAAUAACCACUUAAUUCUUUCUUUCAGAUAGCCUGGUAACAAUGUAGACAGACUGGCCUCAACUCAGAUACCUCCCUGCUUCUGGGUCCUACUAUUAAAGGUGUAUGCCACCAUCCACAGUGCCAAUAGAGUGGCCUUACUGCCCUCCCAGGCCUAACUCAUGAGAAGGGAUACCGUUCACGUUUUAGAUCAGACGUAUCUGCUCCUACUUCCUAGAAGAAAGUACAAGUGUUAGUGAACCCACUCAAAUGUUUGCCCAGUUUUCUAGAAAAGCUGAAACUUUAGUAAUUCUAAUAUAUCCAAAAUAUUUUCUUUUAGUAUAAUUAAAGUGGGUUGCUAAGUCUCUGAAAUCCAGUGUGUGUUUUAAACUUACAGUACAUCUCAAUUUAUACUAGCCUCAUUUCAAGUGGUCACCCAUGCCCACAUUCGGCUCUCCUAUUAGCAUGGGUACAGGAUAAUAGUCAUUACCCAAAGACAGCCACUGGCCCCUCCUAAAGUGACAGCAUAUUUGACCGUCCGGGGUCUGAGGAAGUCUCCUGCAAGCUAACAUUACCUUAAACAAGUUCACACAGUAUCUGAUAACUGCAAAGAAAAGUCUUGGUAUUUUAAUUUGCAAUGAAAAACAUAACUACCAAUCUUUCUCCCUUUAGGUAAAUCUUCAGAAGCCAAAUUAGGAUCAGCUGGUUUCCUCAGCAAGAAUUCUGAGCAAGGGACACAAAGUUUCCUAAAGCAUCCAUCUCCCUGUGGAGAUAGCUGCUACUAUCAUAUCUGUGAACUGGGUUCCUCCUCCCCUGGAUGCUAGAGGUUCUCUGCCGCUAGCGGCUUCUAUACAUUGGCUUGAUUGGCAGCUCCAUUGUGUUCAAGUUUAAUAGCAGGAAGGUUUAGCUUUCCUGACUCAGCUUCUCAAAGGGUCACCUUAGUGGUGCUUGCAAACCCAUCACAUUUGUUUUCUGCAGCUGUGGGAAUUACCUGCCUCAACCUAUUUUCCUUGAUCAGCUGGGUUUUCUACAAGAAUUUAAGGAACCAUUUAGGUCACUUUUUAAAAAGCAAAUUCAUUAAAAAAAAAAAAAAAA